AUAGCAUUGUAUCUAAAAUUUAUUCUGUAGUUUCUCACUUUUAGAAGCACACAUUCAAUCAGGAGGGGGGGGGGGGAGGGGAGAAGAGAUAGUGGCGUCCAUGUACUUCUCGAGGCUAUGGUGGGCAUCGAAGAAGAAUUUGCGUUUGCGAUGCACGCAAUGCCAGUCGCUCCUGCCGGCCGCCCAUUUUUCCCACCGUAUAGGGCCUCAGCGAAGUCUGACGUGUUUGCACUGCAAGCGGCUUUGCACGAUAUGCGGAAUGCGGCAGACCUUCGACAAUUUCGCGAGCGAGCACGUAGACGAGUGCAACCGCUGCUUAGCGAAGCAGCAUCUCGCGUCAAAUAACGUUUACUUUAGGUAUCCCAUUCUUAAGUAUAAGGCGUGCCCUUUCAGCGUCGACGAGAUGCGUGAUGAAUUGAAGAAGAGUGGCGAUCAAGAAGGCGGACGAUAG